GUGGUGGUUGGAGCUGUCGAGACGCAUGGCAUGUCCCUCGACAAAUCUUGGAUGGAAGUCCACCAGCUGCGGCGUAAAAGACAAAAUCCUUUGCCGCAUGUCCCACAAACGUGAAUGUAUUCCCAAGAAGAGCAAACCUUCGCCCAACCAGUUCGCCAACGCCACGCACGACUCUCGAGCCUUCACGCCGCGAUCAGUGCUGGCUUCAGUUCUUGACGCACCAGUUCCCUUAGUGGAAGACUCCGAAUCAAGGUUUAAUUCCGACUCGGCGAAAUUGCGCAGACGCGGGCAAAGAUGGUGGGCAAAGUCAGCGACCGCGUCCUCCUCCGGGAAGGCCUGGAACGGACCGACAAUGGCAUGAAGAUGACGAGCUGGCCCGACGUGCCCCCCAUCAACCAGAAAAACUACUAUACAGAUUACAUGAAGCGCGAUGACCAAAUCCUCUCCUUCCGACUCCAAAACGAGGCGAACAGAGACCGCCUAGUUCAAAAUGCGAAGGAUCGCGAUCGCGCCAUCAACGCCAAUGGCGAGGUUCCGCUCCCUCUCGACGACGAGGAUGGGGCCGGGCCUUCAACGUCCUUCAUGGAUCCGUCCAAGAUUAUCGUAAUACAUCCUGGGAGCCAGAACUUGCGCAUUGGCUUCGCGAGCGAUGCCCUUCCCAAGACGGUACCCAUGGCUCUUGCCACGAAGUAUCCCCAGACUGAAUCGGAGAUGCGCGAGGCGCUACCGCGGCGGCAGUUCGAGGGUCGGUCAAUGGAUCAGCAGCACGGCGAGGAGUGGUCCAAGAAAUACCAGAAAAUGUGCAACGACUUAAAGAUCGACAUGCGCGCCAACAAACGCAAAGUGCUACCUAACUCGAAGGACCUGGUGGUUAAUUUCAACCGGCGGAUAGAGCCCGAGACCAUUUCUCAGCACAACGACCCUCUGCAGAUCGAGUGGACAGACAUCAACGCUUCCCAGGAGCCGCAGUCAAUCUCGCCAGUCUUUAUUGGGCAACAGGCCCUGCGCGUCCCGGACGACUCGGACCCAAAGUUCAAGCUGUGGUGGCCGAUCCAGCACGGAUGGCUGAACGAGGAUGACUAUCCAACGAGGGCACACCUGUUCAACGACAUCGAGACCCUGCUCGACCGGACAUUCCGGUGGGAGUUGGGCCUCAAACGGACCGCAGACUGGAAACAAUACAGCUGCGUCAUCAUCAUCCCAGACCUGUACGACAAGCGGUAUGUCGAGCUGCUUUUGCAUGUCUGCAUUGAGCUGUUUGAAUUCGGCCGCGUCUCGUUUAUUCAGGAGAGUAUGGCGGCCACUUUUGGUGCGGGAUACACACAGGCUUGCGUGGUCGAUGUCGGCGCGCAAAAGACAUCCAUCGCAUGUGUGGAAGACGGUCUCUGCAUCGACGACUCGAGGAUCAACCUCAAGUUCGGCGGCCACGACGUUACAGAGACCUUCAUCAAGAUGAUGCUGUAUGACAACUUCCCGUAUCAGGAGAUCAACCUUCGCCGACGGUACGACUUCUUGCUGGCCGAAGAGCUCAAGAUCAAAUACUGCACCCUGUCCCAGGCCAACAUAUCUGUCCAGAACUUCGACUUCCACUUGCGUGCGCCAAAUCAGCCGACGCGCAAGUACCAGUUCAAGUUUUACGACGAAGUGAUACUGGCCCCCAUGGGCUUCUACGACCCGUCAAUAUUUGACAACUCGACCAAACUCCGCGGCCGGCGGAAGCUCGUCGAUCGCUCCUACAACGCCUACGACGUCGAGCUACCGGACGACCCGAUCUCUGCCGCUCAGCUCGCCAUCCUCGCUCUCAUCCAGCCCUCCGUCACAGCAACAGCAACAACCGCAACUAGCUUCGCUGGCGCCCCACCCGACGUAGCCACCCCGAGCAAAGAACGCAGCCAACCCUUCAACUUCCUCGCACGCAACGGCGACGUCACCGGCACACCAGGCACCUCCAAAGCCCCUUCCCCGGCUCCAGACGGCGCCAGCACGCCCGUUCCCCCCCCCUACAUCUUCGGCUCCUCGCGCGACCUCGGCAGCCCCGCCCCAAGCGCCCGCAACGGCGGCGGCACGCCGGCCCCAGCGAACGGCGCCUCCACCACCUUCCAGGGUACAUCCUUCGACGGCGUCGCGCAAACUCAGCCCCAACCGCACCAAAGAACCGCCAAGUCCCUCGCUAUCGAGCACGACGCCGUGCUGCCUAUCGCGCCGCUCGACAUAGCCAUCAUGACGUCGAUCCAAAACGCCGCCAAGGGCGACGAGAAGAAGGUCCGGGAGCUGCUGGGGAGCAUCAUGGUGGUCGGCGGGGGCGCCAAGAUACCGCACUUUGCGCCCUUUUUGGAGGAGCGGCUCAAGCAGAGGCGGCCGGACCUGGCCGAGAAGAUUUUGGUAAGCCGGAGUGCGCGGGAGAUGGACGAGCAGGUUGUUGUGUGGAAGGGCGCGAGUGUGUUUGCGAAGCUGCCGACGAAUGACUCGUGGAUUACGAGGUUUGAGUAUGGCAUGUUGGGGGGCAGGGUUCUGCAUCAUCGGGUGCUUUGGCAGUAUUGAGAAUCUAGACGGGUUGUUGUGGUGUCGAUAUUGGGUCUUGGUGACGAGCUGGGGUGUUGGUAUGGGGAUAACAGGGAAGAAGAAGGGUGUAAAGGGUUAUUAUGGCUUGGGGAGAGGGAUCUUUGAUCACGCAAGGGGUUUUGCUGGUUGGGAAGACAGACGGGUUUGGGCGUUCAUUGUUUGGGUUGGGUAUUUGGCUUUGCCAGUAGCGGGCAAACAAAAACCAUGUGCCUUGGCUCUUUGGUGGACUGUGUCGUUGGAGUAGGGAUGGGAUGCGGAUAAUAGCUCUCUGCCCUCGUGUGUGUGGAUCUCAGUCCAGUCAGUGGUGGAGAGACAGGCAAGUCCCACCAGCCCAGAGUUGCGCAGAAUCAGCACAGACGGUUCCGCCAGGUACAUGUUCAUCCACAGUGAACUUCUAUGAAUUAAUAUUAGAGAGACUAAGCUACUGU